AUGAGCGACACAAUUGUCACUGAAACCAUUCCCCUAUCCCAAGAUGUUGACAAAGGCGUUGAGCUGGUUAUCAACAUUUUGGCCUCGUAUAAGGACCAUGAGCACUACGUCUACGAACAGAACCAUUGCUGGUACAUUGGCCUUGACUGCCAAUCUUCGCUGACCAUUGACUCAGCCGGGACAUCAGCAUCGAUCCUCAAUGAAGGUCAUAAUCAGAAAGUCCCAGUUACAUCAAAUCUCGAUCAAAUUGCACGAGACUUUGUUAAAACGAGCAUCAAACGGGGAUUCAAAAUCUUCGGAUAUGUCGGAUAUAGCUAUGCUUCCCAUGUCCGGGGUAUCCCAUACACUCCUGGUGAAUGGCCUUUACUUAGCCUCAUGGUACCUCGAUACCAAAUCGUGAUUGCGCCCGACAAAAUCAUUGUCCAAGGGGAAGAGACCGAAGCUUUUCGGCAUCUCGUUGAUGUCGUCACUUCAGCGCCCAUGCAUACAGUGCAGCGAGCUCAAUCCAUGACAGUGGAUAUUUCUCAACGAUCUUCCCAGUACACCACUGCUGUUGAGAAGGCGCUUUCAAAAAUCGAAGAUGGCCAGGUCAUGAAAACAAUUGUCUCACGUGCCAUAAGCCUGCCGGAGCGAGUCGACAUGCUGGCGACCUUAUUGGUCGGAAGGGAGUUAAACACACCAAAAAGAAGUUUUUCUUUCAACCAUGCCGGUUAUCAAUCGACUGGGUUUAGCCCAGAACUGAUUGUUUCUCUCGAGCAAGGCAAAAUCAUAACAGAGCCUUUGGCAGGUACACGUGCCUUCCCAGACGACCUGGCUGAACGUGCAAGGUUGAGGAACGAACUUGAGAACGACCCCAAGGAGAUUGUGGAACACAUCAUGUCUGUUAAGGAAGCUAUCACAGAACUUCAACGUAUUUGUCCCCACGAGAGCGUUGUAGUGGAGGAUCUAAUGUCGGUACGUAUAAGAGGAAAAGUACAGCACCUUGGCUCCCGGGUAACUGGAGCGUUGGGAGACGGUAGAGAUUGCUGGGAUGCCCUGAAUGUACUCUUUCCAUCGAUUACAGCUUCGGGCAUUCCAAAGACAGAUGCUUUGGAGGCCAUUGAGUCUCUAGAGUCAGGCCCCAGAGAACUGUAUUCUGGGGGGAUUAUUAUGAUGGAGCCGUCCGGAGGUACUUUCGAGGCAAGUUUAGUUCUUCGUUCGGUUUUCCAGGACCGAUACCGCCAGUGGGCACAGGCUGGCGCCGGAAUCAUUUCACAGUCACAGCCAGAGAGAGAGCUGACGGAAACAUGCGAAAAACUAUCAACAAUCACGCCGUUCCUAGUGAGGGAAGAGGAGAAAAUGGGAUUUAGAGAGCAAGGCUCACAAGUGUCGUGA